AUGCCCAGUUCCCGAAAUGAAAAGGAAUUGAGCCCUUCUGCUCGAAACCAUAGCAAAAGCAAAAAGUCAUCCCAUAAACAAAAGAAACAUAAGAAACGUCCCAAAACUGAGGCUUCGGCUGAAAAGCUAAAGGGACAAUAUGAAGAUAUUUCCUCAGCUUCGGAAGAAACCGCAGAGUUGCCCGUUCAAAAGUACAGCUCCAUCUCACGGAGCCCUUCGCCCGUGGCGUCGAAAAAAUCAAAGGCUAAUGUAAAGAGGAAGAAGUCAAAAAAGGAUAGCUUGGUGCAAGGAUCAAGCAAAAAGCGCAAGAAACGUGGCAGGUCGCCUGUAAAUGUUUCGCUCGCAAAGGUUGAGGGGCCACCGUUGUCUCCUGUUUCAAGCUCGAAAUGGAAAGACAUGACUCCUUCGCCGAAGCUGCCGCCAUCAAAUAAGGAUAUCUACCGGCAGAUCUCACCGUCUAUGGUAAAGAAACGCGGAUCCGAGUCGCCUUAUGUUCCAAUAGCGUACAGGCCGCCAAAGUCACCAAGUAUUAGUCCCACCAGAUCUCCAAUUGCAAUGUACAAGAGAGAGAGGUCUCCUUUCAAGGCUAGAUCGCCUAUGAAAGUGUGGUCCAGGUCUCCUUAUAGCCACAGAUCAAGAUCGCCCUCCCCUCCGAGGGGGAGAUCACCCAUGAGAACUUAUAGAUCACCGGAAAGGUCUCCAUAUCGAUCACCUAUGGGACGUUUGUCGCCGUUUGGUCGGAGUAGGUCUUUUGCUUCUUAUGGCAGAAGACGGUCACCUUCACCAUAUGGGCGUCACUCUCCUUCACCACCAUUUAGGAGCACUGGAAUGCGAAAUAGACCAGUGCAAAGGAAUAGACACCGCAGUAGAUCUUUGUCGCCGCAUGCAUCAAAAUACAGGAAAUCACCAGUCAGAACAAACAUUCGAAGUCGUUCUCCUCCAAAGAGAUCACCACACAGAGGCACCCAGCGCAGCCCUGAUGUACAUCAUUCUUCAUAUAAAUCAGGAAAUAAGAGGUCAAAUUCUUCCAGGAAUGAGCCUGCACGGUCAACAGAUACCAAGUCUGCAAGCAGAGACUCUAUAGAAAAAUCUUAUAGUUCCAAGGACAAUGUACUCAAGGCUAAGAGCAAACUUGAAAGUGUGGAUGGAGUUAAAAGGAAUUUAACAAGGGAUACUCAGAAGCAGCCUCUCACAAAAACAACAAAGCCAAAUUUAGAGACUGGUGUGAAAGAUUCUCCAGCAAAUGGACCAACAAAGGACUCUAACUUGAAUUCGUCUGGAGUUAAAUCAGGAACUGGUGAUGUUAAUAAGAUAAGUCAAACAGAGACAGCACCUGCUCUUCCACUUCCUCCUUUAAAUGAACCAGCCCCUCCGCCUCUUCCCAGUGAUGAGCCUCCUCCGCUUCCUCCUGAUGAAGAAAAACCGCCACCUCCUCCUGCUCCGACGUUACCACCCUUACCACUGCCACCAGAACUCCCUGGCACACCAGGCGAGUCGCCAGCAUCUUAUUCGCCACAUUCCCCCGGGGGGAAACCUCCUGCAUCUCCAAAGUCAGGUGCUAAAGACGCAGAAGCAACUGGACCAAGUAGUCAGAGUGGGACACCACUAUCUACACCAGAUACAACACCAAAGACACCAGCGGAAAGUGAGUGGGGAGAGAGGUGUGUGGACAUGUUUCAGAUCAUUGAUCAAGUGGGAGAGGGGACAUAUGGACAAGUAUACAAGGCAAAGGAUAAAAUCACAGGUAAAGGAUAUAAAUAAUUGAUCACAUUACACAUUGUAGUUGUUUGUGUAGUUGUGUUUGGUUGUGAGGGGACAUCUGUACACAGGCUAUCACUUUUUAUGUGAAAUGGUUUGGUACAUGUUAUUGUUGGCUUCCUAAUGGUUUUUAGGAAAAGUGCAACCUUUUCUUUGCUCAAGUUUAGCCUUAUCAUAUAUAAAGUUCUGACUAUUCCUGCUGUAUAGAAAUUGUUAAUUUAAACCUUUCAGAUACAUGCAGUGUAAUAAACUGUUAUGAAACCUUGCUUUGAAGAGGUAGAAAGGCUUCUUUUUGUAAAAUACACUGUGCAAGGUGGUAUUUGCCUUUUGAAUCUUUCUAUGGAAUUUUUCAAGUCUGGCUAUGCGAAUGAAAAUGUUAAUUUAUUUUUCCGAACAAGGUACACAGAAAGUUGUACAGUGGAAUUGUGAUGUUUUGAACCCUUAGUUUCUUUAACCUCCUGAUAAUUUGAUCCUGGGGCCAAUUCCCUUCCCCAGUUAAACACUAUUAUUUUUAUUUGGCCCCCAAUUUUGAACCUUCAAUAAGUGAACAAUUUUGUUUUUCCCUGAGGAUUCAACAAAUUGGGAUUGGGCUGUAGUUCUUUUCAGUCUAUUAAGUGACAAUCAAUGUAAUUUUUUCGCAGAAUCUGUGUAAAUGAAAAGUAAGGAUGUAGAUUUUAAAGUUAAUGUGAACGUAAAUAUAAUGUAAAUUGCUCCUCUAAAAUUGAACUCAGGUCCGGUUCUGAGUUGGAUUUCUCUCUUGUUUCAUUAGGGGAGCUUGUUGCAUUGAAAAAAGUUAGAACCGACAAUGAAAAGGAAGGAUUUCCAAUAACAGCAGUGAGGGAAAUCAAGAUUCUACGACAGCUCAAUCAUCCAAACAUUGUGAAUUUGAAAGAGAUUGUAACAGACAAACCUAAUGCUGUGGAUUUCAGGAAGGAUAAAGGUCAGUUUGGUUGUACAUGUUGUGCUACAGUUUCCUUCAGUUCCAACAUUUCAAAACCAGUUUUACUUUUUUCCUCAUUUAUCAUUAUUCUAAUGAGUUUGAAAAAGAGAAAAAUAAAUUAAAACAAAUCUCGGUUCAAUCUAUUGGAAACUUUUUAACCAAAAAAUACCCACGCGUUUCACAUACUCCAUUUUGAUACAAAUUGCACUGCAUAUUGAGCAUUUGACAACAUUGCCUGAAGAAGACUUACAGUAAGCUGUCAAAAUGUCAUGAUUUAUGGUCAUCUCAAAAGAUCUGUUUAUUAUUGUAUUUACUUGAUGAGCAAACAAAGCAUUUUUUUCUAGAAUUGCACUGUACAAUGUAUGUGUUCCUGUAUAUAUGCAAACAAUUUAUUUCUGUAUUUUUUUUGUCAUUGCUUUGCCUUUUGUUUUGCUUCGUUUUGUUUUUUAUUUUGUUUUUCUCUUUUGGCUUAGUUGUUUUGCUUUUAUCUGACAAUAUCACUCAGUAACAAGCAACAAUAAUAUUGAUGGAGAUGUGAUGGUGAAUUUUGAGCCUGGUGAAUACAUGAGAAUGAUGAUUUUUCUGUCAGUGUCACAGCUUAUUUAGUGGUAGAGCAUGGCUGGACUAGUAACCACAAGGUCAUAGGUUCGACCCCUAUUGGGAGGAGUCAGAUUUUUUCUUCCAAGCCGCCUCUCUCACUGACUAAAAAAACACUUUUCUAAUAAUAGUAUUGUUAAUAUUAUUUUCUUUUAUCACAGGAGGGUUUUAUCUUGUGUUUGAAUACUUGGACCAUGAUCUUAUGGGUGUACUGGAAUCUGGUCUUGUUCAUUUUACUGAAGACCACAUCAAGUCCUUCACAAAACAGCUCCUAGAUGGGCUCAACUACUGUCAUCGCAAAAAUUUCCUUCACAGAGAUAUCAAAUGCUCCAAUAUUUUACUCAACAACAAGUAUGUUUACUUUUUUGGUAUACCUUCAUCUUUUUGAUACAUAGUGGUGGUGUUUUCUUGUGGCUGUAACCUUGGGUUAUCAGACAUGAUAUUUUUGUGUUCUACCUACAUUGUAUUGCUCAUUAAAACAACAACAACAAACAGAAUCUUGCAUUACUGCACAACUGCCAGUUCACAGUGACUACUUCUGUGAUAUGAAAAAUAAUGAAAAUGACCUCUUUUGUAGGGGAGAAAUUAAACUAGCAGAUUUUGGAUUAGCAAGAUUAUAUGAAGCAGAUGAAAGGUGAGUUGGGAAUCAAAUCAUCUUUUAGUACUGAGAUGGUCUAACUUCCUUUGUAAGGGAAACAAAAGUGCUGACUUUAUUUUUUUUUUAUAAAUGUCUGUCUAUUGUUGAUGUUAUAGGAGACCAUACACGAACAAGGUGAUAACGCUUUGGUACAGACCUCCUGAACUUUUGCUGGGAGAGGAGCGCUAUGGACCUGGCAUAGAUAUCUGGAGUGUGGGGUGAGAGGCCUUUGGCUUUUUUACAAAAAAUAUUGUCUUUUUGACAGCUUAUUAUGCGAAGCAGUCAAAGCACAGAUGAGUCCCUACAUUCUUGAUGAGCUAAAUUCAGCCCCUUUUUUUUCUUUCAAGCUACUUAAAACAAUGUUAACAUUUAUUUACACUUGAUGCUUAUCAAAUUAAGAAAAACUGUAAGUGGUAUUUUUGCAAAGUUUUGGCUAACAAGGAAUUUUUUUUUGUUUAGUUGCAUACUUGGAGAACUGUUCACCAAGAAACCAAUUUUCCCAGCAGUGCAGGAAAUUGGACAGCUGGAGCUCAUCAGGUGAGAAUGUCAAAAAUAGUUAAAAUUAGUUACCUCCUCCUCACAAACAAUCACAGUCAUAAAAAAGUAGAUAGUCUGCCCUGUCUAUAACUAGGGGCUAACAUAGUGUAGAAACAUCUAGUCCCUUUAAAUCCCAAUAUCCACAUGCAAAUUCUCCAGACUGAUCUCCAUACUACAUUCCCUUCAAAAUAGUUGAGAGAAUUUAUGAAAUGAUCUAUGUAUUUUCCCUUUGGUGAUCAUUUCAUUUCUUCUCAUAACCUUUCCUCUUGUUUAUGUAUUGAUCUUGUUAGGAGAAAAUAAAUCCUGGUCACUCAUGAGACUAAGUUUAAAUACAAGUUCUAAUUGCUGUAGCGAUGAUCACUCUUUUUCCUAGUCGUGUUUGUGGAACUCCCACGCCUGCUGUGUGGCCAGAUGUGAUCCAUCUACCACAUUUUCAUACAAUGAAGCCCAAGAAGCAGUACAGGAGAAGGAUUAAAGAGGAAUUUAACUUGUAAGUUGGUGUAUUAAUCAAAACCCAUUGUGUGAUUCAGGGUGGUGCUCAAGCAGACAUGUGACGACUUUCUUAUGUCCUUGGGCGAAAAGUAAUCUUAGUUUUUGCCUGCAUGGGGCACUAUUUCAAGGCUGUGCUCUAAGAAAGUGCUCUGAACCUGUGAUUUUUGAAUCACCCAGGAACAAAAGUAAGGCAACAGGGGCCACCAGGCACUGCUAUAGCACAGUUUGUCUUUACUUCUAAGCUUAGUGCUAGUGGGCUUGUACAAUAAAAAUCACUUUGGUCAGGCCUGUGAUCUUUGAUUUCCUUGAGGUUUAUCUUAAUCUAUUCUUUGUUUGUUUUAUUGUGCUUGCUCUUAAGUUUCCCAGUGUUUGCUUUGAUACUAUACAGUCAUGUACACAGUUAACUUAAAGCAAGUUCUAAGCAUUUGGUCCCUGUCCCUAGGGAAUGUAACUGCCUACUCUCACUCUCUCCUUGGGGCUAAUCUAAUUAUGUUUUUUUUUUGUUUUCCUCAGUAUGCCAGCAGAUGCUUUGGAUUUGUUUGAUAGUAUGCUGACAUUAGAUCCAUCAAAGCGUAUAACAGCAGAAGAAUCACUAGAGCAUGCAUUUUUAAAGGACAUUGUGUGUGAGAACAUCAGCCCUCCAAGGUAAUGAAAAGCCUAGUUAUUACAUGUAGCUGGGGGGAGUUGUGGGCACACUCAGACAGCCACGGUGGGAGACCAAACCUGUCAAUACAAUGGCCAUUUCCAUUUACCAAAUAAUUCUGCAAAUUUCAUGGAAUUGUCUAUACUAUAUAGUUUGGACUUCCUUUUCAAAGUUCUACUUAUUCCCAGGAAUUUUCUGGUGGAAUGCCCACUAAUAACAUUGAUAAACCUAAUCUCCAAAAUAAUCUGUUCAAAGUGUGGAAAAAUAAUUGGUGUGUACUUUGUGUGACCAUGGUUGACAUAGACAAAUGUUGGUCAACCAUUUUCUGAGGACCAACUGGGCUGUUUUUAGUGUCAUUUUGCAGUCCUUGGUGCUUCUCUAAAGACUCCAUCUGAGUAAUCUGACGUUUUUGAGAAGUCAUGUUGUUAAUCUUUUUUACUGCUCUGUUUAGCCUUCCAACUUGGCAGGACUGUCACGAGAUGUGGUGCAAGAAGCGUAGGCGCAAAGGAGGGGAGAGUAAAGUGACAGAAGAUGGCACAAAACAAGUCAGGAGAGACUCUGUUGCGGGCGAAACUACGGAAACUUCAAACAACCUUCCAGCCAUGGCUACAACAGAGGAGCAAGGUGAAAGAACGCUAAAGCCGGUUGAAGCUUCUGCAUUUUUGCGCCGACAGAGUAUUGAGACAGUUGAGAUGGAGACGGAAAAUAGCACAUAUGCUGCUAGAGAAGGACAGUCUUUCUAUGAUAGAGAUCAGCCACACUGUUCAUAUGCCGAUGAACACCCUAAGGCGGCGUACUCACAAGAUUCGUAUUACCAACGUGACUAUCAACAAGACUAUGGUGAAAGCUCUAGACUCAGUGGAUAUAAAUCAUCAUUGGAAGAUUAUCCUCCUUCAUACUCUAGGGAUAACAUCGACAAUGGAGGAGGACAUAGAUCAUAUUCUCAAUCAAGUGUGCAUUAUGAACAACUAUCACCCCCUGUGGAUGAAACAAGGAACUCGUACCCCGAACAGUAUAAACGUUACAGUUAUUCAGAUGGAAGGAGAGACAAGGAGUUCAAUGAGUCCUCAUCAAGAUACAGAGAUGACUCUUCAUCAUACCUUUACAGGGAGCGAUACUCUGACUCUUUCUCCCAAAAGCGUGAGGUUUUUGACUACAGUAACUCACAAUAUGACCGCUACCCUGUGGCUGCUGAGAACAGGGUAACUAGCCCUCAACGUGGGGUGGAUUCUUAUCAAAGAUGGUAGCAGAAGUUCUUCAACUCCUUAUGGACUUGUUAGUACUUAAAUUGAGGACCUGUUUACACAGGUACACUGACCCAUGCAUUGAUAAGCCUCUGAGCAUGUUCUUUAAGUUGUUGUGGGGAGAGGUACACUUCCCCUACCCUGCACCACAGUUGGGACUAAACUUCUGGUCAAGUCCAUCUGCGAAACAGCACUGAAAUCCUUGUUCUGGGCUCCCACUUUUGUACCAGAAUUUGAGUACGUGCCAAGAUUGGCCUGUUGAAAAAGUGAUUGUAAAUUUGCCAAUCAGGUUGAAGAGAAAUUUGAAACGCAUUUCCGGUAGUCCGUUGAGUCAGUUGGGGGCUAAGAACAAGGAUAUCCGCGCUGCUUCACAGACGUUACUAAAUGGGGUCAGAUUACGUCUGCGACACAGGCUACUCUACCUCAUAAACUGAGAGUUUGCCUUCAGGUUAUCCAGUCAUAAGUUUGGUGGGAAGUUUUAAUUUGAACAAAACAGAGUUCAGUUUGAAACCCUUUUGAAGAUCAAUACCGACAUUCUCCAGACUGUGCUACCUACAUGUACAUGUAUGUUUCUUAUGAUACUUACAUUUUAUGAGGAGACUAAUAGAAUACCUGACAUGUUCAAUUUAUGAAAUAGAUAGUAAAUGAAAUUUGGUAUCAUUUGUAUUAACUGACUCAGCUAAUUGAUUGAUAUCACACCAGCUGAUGAACAAAAAUAUUGUGACUUUAACCGCGAUUGAUUUUCAGCGAUUUGUUUUGGUUGUUUUUCAUUUGAAUCGGAUACUAUUACAGUAGCAGCAAUAGCUAAACAAAUCUCCAAAGUCAUAUAAGUACAAUGACAUGAGACAUCAGUGAUUAAUGGCAGAUGAAGAACUUGUGUCUUUGACUACCAAUCAAAAAUAUUUUUCACCAGUUGCUAAUACAAUUAUUGUUAUACAUUAUACUUUUGACUGGUACAAACUGGUGGAUUGAUUUUUUAUCUUCAAUUUUCAUAUAUUGACCAUGACUGGUAAAUAACCUCAAAUCUUAAGUGGCUGAACGGUGGUAAAUAUUUAUACACGAACCUACCAUCCCAAGGUCAAAAAGUCCACACACUUUUUAAGAAAAGCCUUAACCUUUCCUAUUAGUGGCUGAAGAAAACGUUUCUCCUAGAAAGGUCACAUUUCUGUUGUCUUUCCUAAGAAAUGAAUCAUGUUACACAAAAGUUGUGCGAAAGGGGUUUCAUUUGAAUGGUAUCACCAUAGGAUUUCAUCCACAGACUCAAAAGUUAGAACUACAUUCUACAUAAAUAGUACCCUGUGAAGGUACUGCUGAAGAGGUUUCAUUUGAAUGGUAACACCAUAGGAUUUUGUCCACAGAUAUAAAAGUAAGUGACAAAUAAGCUGACUGGUGAUUGCCAGAACACAUCAAAGAGUGAAAAGAUCAAAAUUCUUUCUAAGUUGAAAUCCGAACUUGUCUCAAAAAGCAUAUUAUGAAUAAAUUUUAGUAAUGUCCAUUGUUAUUAAAAUGUUCAUUGUUUGUACUUAGUACAGGCAAUUUCAACUCAACAUUUAUGUGUAGGGUUGUUUAGAAUAAGCCGCUUGGUGACCCUGGAUGUAAUGUUAAAUUAUCCUUUUGUUUCAUGAACAAAGCAAUUUAUCUUGCAGUUUUUCAGAGGUACUGAGGGCUUUUUCCACAUUUACUUACCAAUGUGCACAAUUUCAUUCAUUAGCAUAUAAUAUUACCCAUAGUGGUUGCGAUACAUACAAAUUCAAUGAAAAGGUUGAAAGAGUUGUUUUACUUAAGUAAUCAUAACUAUAACAAAAUUCUCAAAUCUGAUUGGCUAUCACUGCCCUGAUUUCAGCCUUAAUUGGACAGUGCAGUAGGACAGUACGAGUCAUGCCUAAGUAAUUGGACAGUACGUGCCAUCACACGCGUGCUUAAAUGACUUUUCUUCACUGCUAGCCAAAAAAAUCUUGGAAUUUCUUGUUUUUUUAUUUUAAAAAAGGGCCUUAUACAUCACAAAUUUUGUUAAAGUUAUGAUUAAUUGGUAAUAGAACUUCGUGUCGUCCAAUUCGGUCUGUAAUCAUACUCGUGAUUAAACAAAUUGGACUUCUCCCAUUAU